AUGAAUGUUUGUAGUAAAUCAUUUAGUUGUAAAAACUUAAUUCACCUGAAAAGAAAACAUUUAUAUGAAAACUUUGUUAAAGAAAAAUCUGGUAAAAAUGAUUUUCCAACUUCGGCAAGAUGUCGUGUGAGAAAUCAAGUUGGUCAGACUAAUCGAUGGAGACUACCAGAGUCGUUAUAUAGUGAUCUACUAGGCAGUACACAAGCUAUUAAAGCUAUCAAUACAUCAUUGAACCACAGUAUAAUGAGUAUUAUCUCAGCUGAGAGUCCAAAGUUAAUGAACACUAAUACGGACAUUAAUCAAGUCUACAGCUAUCGCAUGUCAGAGGAUAGACCCUAUCGUCCAGUAUGUGCCAAUUAUUCUUCCAUAUCAGUGCUUCCGAUAAAAUCUUCAACUCGGUUCUCUCCUGCCAGUAAUAAUGUGAUGGAGCGAUCUCACACGAUGCCUGUUUUUGGAAUGGAAAAGCCCAAAACACCUGCCAAUGCAACACCAAGAGAUUUAUUUAUGUAUCAUUCCAAGAAAUCUUUAGGAGCUACACGCCCAGAUAUUGUAUUGAAGUGUUUAAAAACAGAAUGGGAAUUACACCGACCAUUUAUCAGGAAGUCUGAGACAUUGACUCAGUUAUUACAGGCAGCAAACCAAGACAAAACUCAGGUAUAUCACAAAAACAGCUCAACUGAGGGCCUGGAUGAAUUCCUAUCAGAUAGUGUUUAUCAUAAGAACAACAAAGUGAAAGUAGAGGGCAAUGGAACUGGUACAGAACAUCCUACAGACCUUGGAAUCCAGAAUAAGAAACGGGGCAAUACUGUAUUGAUUAUAACUCUUAAUAUAACUGAUAUUAAUGUCACUCGAAGAGCAAUGGCUAUAGCUCUAGGCAGUCUAUAUAGUGAUGAUAUAGUAAUACCAGAAGAAGAAGCAGGUUCUAUCUUAGCUGCAGCCUGUGUUUUAGGCUUUAAACAACUAAUGGAUAGAUGUAAAGAGAUGAUACUAAGCCAUAUUAACAACAGAACAGUAUGUAAAUACCAUCAAGCUGCUUCUAAGUAUGAUCAAGAUAUCUUAACAGAUGCUUGUGAAAGAUGGUUAGAGUUAAACUUAAUACCACAUGUAGCCAGUCAGAUUCAACUUCGAGAUGUUCCUUUAGAAUUACUACAGAAAAUAUUACGAUCUAAUAGAUUGUUUGUGUACAAUGAAUACAGUGUGUAUAAAACUCUAGCUUAUUGGGUUUUCUUUCAACUUAAUCCUGAUUUACAUUUGAUGCCUUCCCAUAGCUCUAUAUUGUCUUUCUUUAAUAGCUUAUCAAAAUCUUCAAGUUUGAUUGAGAAGGAAGAAGGACAGAGUUAUGCCCCCUUGUUUUCAGCUCUGCGAUUACAUGGUAUCACUGAUACUUGUAAUGUACAAGAUAUGCAGAUGACUAAUAUUAUACCCCAGAAAUGGCUAGUUGAUCUGUUAUCUCAACAUUAUAAUUCUCUACAAGCCGGAGGUGACAUGCCUUCAUUCAAAAAUUUCAACCAAUCAGCUAUAAGAUAUGGUUUUAUAAUAGAUACAGAACCACAUUACCAUUCUGAGAUUAUUUCUCUUCAUGGCUUCCAUUUUGAAUUGAAAGCAGUGAGACAAGGAAACUGUAAAACAUACGUCGUCUCUUUACAGAGAUUGAAGCCAGGUGAUCCAGUAUUGAGUUUCCGUCAAUGUGAACGUCAGACAUUUUCUAUGAGACCAGAUCGUAUGGUUAGAUACAACAUUACAGUGAACCACUAUGAUAACACACAUCAAUUACAUCAGCAGACUACUGGUGUCAUGUCUCAUAAAUUUGGUCUGGGAGAGAAAACUAGUCGCAGUGGCAGUUUAAAAGUUGAAAACGCUGAACAACCGAUUUUUGUCUCUCUGUCUCUUCUCUUCCCUCAAUCUUAAAAUUCUUUAUUUUUGUCUGUUUUUUUGCAAUCUUAUUAAAAUGCCCCUCCGAGUCUUUCGAUUCAGGUUUUUUUCUGUAGUUGACUUCACUUGCCAACCAUGAUCUGACGAAAUUGUUAUGUAUCUCAUGUUCAGGGUUAUAUAAUAUUCAACCAAUCAUAAUUAUCCUCUGUUCAUAAAAUAUUUCUUUCCUUUAUGAAGAAUUCUGGGAUAUUUCAUUUAAAUCAUUGACUUACAUAGUCAGCAGUUUAAUUGAAUAGCAUAUAGUAGGACAGCUACUGACAUUACUGGGCAAAAAUUUGACUGAACACAAGUUUAAGAAUAAUUAAGUCAGAUCCUGAAUGAUGAGUGUAGUAACCCUCAGAUCGAACAUGAAACGAAACAUCCAGAUUGGCAUUUUAAUCAGAUGGUUUUUAUACAAAUAUAUAUAUUUUGUACAAAUACAGUUACCUGCUUCAAAUGUCAUCAUCUUCAAUUAGGACAGAGGGAAUUUACUCUGAGUGUAAAAAGCAUUCAUGUAUGCUUUUCAAAAAUUGAUGAAAAUCUAAGGAGAAUAACUCAUGUUUUACAUUUUUAACUGGGAUUAGUAAUGUACCGUAUGUAACACUAUAUUUUGAUAUUAUUUAUUUUUUAAAAUCAUUUUAUGAUAUAUUACUCAACAGUGAAUAAAUAAAAAAUAAAAUUCAAAUUCAAUGAAAU